GGCAGCUUUUCCAAGCCAGUGCGGCAGCCGCCGGAGGAAAACCGCAGCGGCGGCGGCGGCAGCAGCGGGGGAAGCGCUCGCGGCGGCGGCUGCCGGGACCCGGGCGCUCGGACGUGUCCUGUGCGGCCCCGCAGCACCAGCCCCGUCUUCCUCCUUCUUCUCCGCCGCCGUCUCCUCUAGCUGCUGCCGCUACUGCGGGGGAAGCGGUCCCGGGGCGGGCGGAGACAAAGGAGGUGGGGGCCGGGCCGGCUGCGGGCUGCUGGGCGAGGCGGAGCCAUGUAAAGGCGGCGGCGGCGGGCGGCCCGCGGGCGCGAUGGGGGAUGCGGCGGACUCCCGAGAGCUGCGGAAGACCUUUCUGGUGCCCGCCAUCAAGCCCUUCGACCACUACGACUUCGCGCGGGCCAAGAUCGCCUGCAACCUCGCCUGGCUGGUGGCCAAAGCCUUCGGCACAGAAAAUGUUCCAGAGGAAUUGCGAGAACCAUUUUACACAGACCAGUAUGAUCAGGAACACAUUAAACCACCGGUUGUUAACUUGCUGCUAUCUGCUGAACUCUACUGUCGUGCUGGGAGUCUAAUUCUCAAGAGUGAUGCUGCCAAACCACUUGUGGGUCAUGAUGCUGUUAUCCAAGCCUUGGCACAGAAAGGUCUUUAUGUCACUGACCAGGAGAAGUUGGUAACUGAAAGGGAUCUGCACAAGAAACCCAUUCAGAUGAGUGCUCAUUUAGCCAUGAUAGAUACCUUGAUGAUGGCAUAUACCGUGGAGAUGAUCAGUAUUGAAAAAGUGAUUGCAUGUGCUCAGCAGUAUUCAUCUUUCUUCCAAGCCACAGACCUACCCUAUGACAUUGAGGAUGCUGUCAUGUACUGGAUAAAUAAGGUGAAUCAACAUUUGAAAGACAUACUGGAACAGGAACAAAAACUAAAAGAGCAUCAUGGUAUAGAAACUCCCAUGGGUCAAAAGUCUCCUACCAAAUGGUUUUGGAAACUGGUUCCUGCUCGUUACAGGAAGGAGCAAACACUGCUUAAGCAGCUGCCCUGCAUUCCAUUGGUAGAAAAUCUGCUGAAGGAUGGUACAGAUGGUUGUGCUUUAGCAGCCCUGAUCCAUUUCUACUGCCCUGAUAUUGUCAAACUGGAGGAUAUUUGUUUAAAAGAGACUCUAUCAUUGGCUGAUAGCCUAUACAAUCUACAGCUAAUUCAAGAAUUUUGUCAGGAAUACCUUAACCAGUGCUGCCACUUCACUCUCGAGGAUAUGUUAUAUGCUGCUUCUUCAGUAAAGAGUAAUUACUUGGUGUUUAUGGCAGAGCUAUUCUGGUGGUUUGAAGUGGUGAAGCCAUCAUUUGUACAGCCCCGUGUUGUUGUACAUCCCCAAGCUGAAUCAGUGAAAGAUGCAUCCACUUCUAGAUUUAAUGCCAACAGAAGAAACUACAUGGGUGGCUCAUGUGAUUCUGACUUUAUAGCCAGUGUGGAGGGUCAAACUUUUACACCGUCUCAUCAACUUAUGCCUUCUAGACAUACACACCAACAGCCUUAUUCAUCUGCUCCAGGAGUUAUUAGAAGGUCCACAUCUAUGUCAUAUAUGGAUGGGUAUGUAGGAACUUGGCCCAAAGAGAAAAGAUCAUCAGUGCAUGGAGUUUCCUUUGACAUUUCUUUUGAUAAAGAAAAUAGCAUUCAGAUAUCUACUCCAAAUAGAGGAAUUACUAGAUCUGUUAGUAAUGAAGGUCUUGCACAAAAUAACACCCGCGUGCCCAAACACAUUAGGAAAAAUCUGUCCUUUAAGCCAGUAAAUGGUGAAGAGGAAACUCAAGAUAUUGAAGAGGAAAAGGACAUAGUAUCUCCUACCGACCCAGAAGUCAGUGCAUCUCUAAAUACAAAUCAAAGAAAUGCCAAUGAAAACAACCAGUACAGGCUUCCAAAUGGAGCUUUGCAAAACAGGGCAAUUUUGGAUGAUUUUGGCAAUCAGAUUGAGACCCCAAGCAUUGAAGAAGCUUUGCAGAUAAUACAUGACACUGAAAAAUCUCCUGGUGUUAUCCAGCCAGACCAAAUAACAAAUGGGUUCUUUCUUCAUAACCAGGAAAUGAGCAUUUUUAACUCAAACAUUAAACUAAAUCAGCCUAGUCCUGAUAUCAUCAUAGACACAAAAGGUGCUCUGAGUCCAGUGACUGACAAUACUGAAGUGGACACUGGAAUACAUGUUCCAUCAGAAGAUAUUCCUGAAACUAUGGAUGAGGAUUCUUCUUUGAGGGAUUACACGGUGAGCAUGGACUCUGACAUGGAAGAACCAUCUAAAUUUCUUCAAGAUUAUGAUGUACGAGCUAGUAACCAGAGAGAGCAAUUAAGUCCCUGUCCAAGCUCAAUAAGUACCAAAUCACAAGCAGGCAGCAGUGCUUCUUCAAGCUCAGGAGUGAAAAUGACCAGCUUUGCAGAGCAGAAAUUUAGGAAACUGAAUCAUACGGAUAGCAGAAGUAGUGGAAGCAGUUCGCAGAAAACUACCCCAGAAGGUUCUGAGCUGAAUAUUCCUCAUGUAGUUGCUUGGGCUCACAUACCCGAGGAAACGCCCCUUCCUCAAGCAAGAGACACUACGCAGUUGUUGGCCUCUGAAAUGGUCCAUCUUAGGAUGAAACUGGAGGAAAAAAGGCGAGCCAUUGAAGCUCAGAAAAAGAAAGUUGAAGCUGCCUUCACUAAGCAGAGGCAGAAAAUGGGAAGAACAGCAUUUCUGAACGUGGUGAAAAAGAAAGGGGAUGGAGUAUCACCUUUUCGAGAAGAAGCCGUCGGAGCUGAAGAUGAGAAAUCCUUCACUGAAAGUAGUAGACUGAAAGAAAAAGAAGCUCAAAAACCAGGUGAACGAACUAGUAAAACUAUGGAGGUAAUAAAGGAAAACACUGAAAAUUCUCAGUCCAAGAACCCUGCCACACCUGUGGAUUCUGAAAAGCAAUGGAAUUUGGCAAGUCCCUCAGAAGAAACUCUAAAUGAAGGAGACAUUUUAGAAUAUACAAAAUCUAUUGAAAAAUUAAAUUCUUCUCUACACUUCCUACAACAGGAAAUGCAGCGCCUCUCCCUUCAACAAGAGAUGUUGAUGCAAAUGCGGGAGCAGCAAGCCUGGGUUAUUUCACCUCCUCAGCCUUCUCCUCAGAAGCAAAUUCGAGAGCUUAAAUCUUCAUCGAGGCAAACAGGAUCAUCAUCUCCCACUGCAUCAUUUUCCGUGGAAUCUCCUCGCCCUACUCAUCAAUCCCCGCAGUCUUCUAACAGAAAAAAUGCCUCUUUUCCCAUUAAGAUGCAAAGGACUCCUAGGCCAAAUGAACUGAAAAUAACACCUUUAAAUCGCACCUUGACUGCUCCACGGUCUGUGGACAGUCUUCCUCGUUUAAGAAGAUUUUCUCCAAGUCAGGUUCCCAUUCAGACUAGAUCAUUUGUUUGCUUUGGGGAUGAUGGGGAGCGUGUAGCCGAACCUCAGUUAAAGGGAAACCUUUUGAAAGAAGUCAAAUCGAAAGAGGAAAUAGCAAAAGAAGAACAACAAAAACAAAAAGGGACUUUGGAGGCACGUGAACAAAAAUCAGAAGAGAAGGAGCUCAAGCCUGUUGAAUCUAAGGUUUCUGAAGUGUUAUCUCAGCCAAUCACAGAAACUGUCUGCCUCACACCAAAUGAAGAUCAGCUGAGCCAACCAGUUUUGCCAACUCUCACUCCUAAAACAGCUAAUUUAAUUGAAGUUUCCCUCUCGGAUUUAAAACCACCUGAAAAGGCUGAAGUCUCUGAGAAAUAUGAAGGUGAGAGUGAUAGAGAACAAUUCGAGGAUGACCAAAAAGUGUGUUGUGGAUUCUUUUUUAAGGAUGAUCAAAAGGCAGAAAAUGAUAUGGCAGUGAAACGGGCAGCAUUGCUGGAAAAGCGGUUGAGAAGAGAAAGAGAGACUCUGCUACGAAAGCAGCAGCUGGAAGCAGAGCUAGAGCAUAAGAAGGAAGAAACAAGGCGCAAGACAGAGGAAGAACGUCAGAAGAAAGAAGAUGACAGGGCACGCAGAGAAUUCAUUAAGCAAGAAUAUAUGCGACGGAAACAGUUGAAGCUUAUGGAGGAGAUGGAUACUGUAAUAAAACCACGCCCACAUUCAUCUAAACAAAAAAAGCCACGUCCAAAAUCAAUUCAUAGAGAUCAUAUUGAGUCACCCAAAACUCCAGUCAAAGGUCCACCAGGUUCACAACUUUAUCGUGUUUUUUCAGUAUCUAGUCUUUCUUUGGCAUCCCUGAAUACAGGAGACAAUGAAAGUGUGCAAUCGGGCAAGAGAACACCAAGGUCUGAGUCUGUAGAAGGAUUCUUAUCUCCAAGUCGCUGUGGUAGUCGCAAUGGGGAAAAAGAUUGGGAAAAUGCAUCUACAACUUCUUCAGUGGCUUCUGCUACAGAAUACACGGGACCAAAGCUGUACAAGGAACCUAGUGCAAAAUCCAACAAACAUAUAAUUCAGAAUGCUUUGGCUCAUUGUUGCCUGGCUGGAAAAGUAAAUGAAGGUCAGAAGAAGAAAAUAUUGGAGGAAAUGGAGAAGUCUGAUGCCAAUAACUUCUUAAUCCUGUUCCGGGAUUCAGGCUGCCAAUUCAGAUCUUUGUAUACGUACUGCCCUGACACUGAAGAAAUCAAUAAACUGACUGGGAUAGGCCCCAAAUCUAUCACAAAAAAAAUGAUAGAGGGACUAUAUAAAUACAACUCAGACAGGAAGCAGUUUAGCCACAUACCAGCUAAAACUUUGUCUGCCAGUGUUGACGCAAUUACCAUUCACAGCCAUUUGUGGCAAACCAAGAGACCUGUAACUCCUAAAAAACUCUUAUCUACCAAGGCAUAGUAGAUGGGGAAAAUAUUUGCUUCAGACAAUUGUGAUACACUUGCACUUCAUCUUUACUGCCUAUAGAAAAUAGAUUUCUAGUUGCCAGCGAGACUUUUAGAACUUAAAACUGGACACCAAGCUCUAUUAUCAUGCACAACUGGAAUGUAAACACAGUGUUUAGGAAUACAGAAGAUUAUCACUUGGAGAUGCUUUCAAGUGGGCAUGGAAAUAUUUGAUUCAUGUAUGGAGAUUUGUAUGUGCUAAUAUGGUGUAGAGGGUAUAGUUGCUCUAUUUUGAUUAGAUACACUGAAGCACUGAAUGUUGUUCAUCUGUAGUGACAAAUUACAUUUUACAUUUGUUGCCUUUUACUUUGUUUUGUGCUUGUCUUGAAACUUUCUCCUUUUUUUGGCAAUUUUCUCCUCUAAGGAAACACCUUUUUUAAACAUUUUUCAAUGCCAUUUACUUUUACUCAGUGAAUCUUACCCUGAAGGCUAACAGAUAAGUAGUUUAUCAGGAGGCAUAAUAGGUACUCCUCUAGAACCCUCUUUCUAUAUUGUUGUAUCUACAUUACUGGAAGAUUUGUUCCCCCCUGAGUAUUUACAAUUAAUUUCAACCAAGUAAAUACUGGUUUGCUUAACUGUUUUCAACUAAACAAUAGGGGAAAACCUUUGAGCUGCUUAAAGGGAGGUUUCCUUCAGAUUGCAUUAUCUUUUUAGCAAGUAAAAUAUUCAAAAGACUCACACAAUUCACUGACGAAGUCUGCGUUGACCACCUCAACUCCUACCUAACCGAGGGCACAGGUAGGGUGGAACAAGUUGUUACAAGGUAGCCAUGGGUAAGGAUUCACAGUGCAUCAGGUUCGUCGUGGUAACUAGCUGUGGUCACAUUCCUAUCUUCACUUAUUGAAAGCUUACCUGCAGAAGCUUAACACCUUUUCUUGAGGGUCCAUUCAGGUUUUAAGGGGUAAAAUACCAUGGAUUAGCUCUAAUUUACUACAUGGUAAGAACAUAUGCAUAGUUGGUCACUGUGAAGUAGCUGAUGCGCCAAAUCCUUUCCCUCUAACAGGCAGGAAUUACUCUGUGUAUCCAUGCUAUCAGACUUAAAUAAUAUUUCCUUUAGAUAAAUGUGUUUUCAGUAUGUCUGCCUUUAAAAAAAAAAAAAAAAGUAACAUUCUUGACAUACACUUAUUAAUGACAAUUUCAUAUUAUCAAUUUUAAAAUAAUAAACAUGACAAAAACCUAAACAUUUCAAUAUGUUUAUAACAAAUAUAACCAUUUAUGAAAUUAACUAUUGGAGCAUACAUCAGUAUUAUUUACAAAGGGCUGCAUUUUUAUUUCAAAACAGUGUGUGAUCACUUUAUUAAUGCUAUUAUUAUUUAGCAUUUUUCUUUUUUUAUAAUCACUUUAAUCAUAGCAUUAUUCUGAAGAAAACUACAAACUUGAAACCUCCCCCAAAUCUGUGGGUUUUUUGGCAAUGUAUACCAGAGGAUUAGUUGGGGAAAAAAAACUCAUUCUCAGGAAAAGACUUGAAUGAUUUGUGAUCCUGUUCUGUUUCAGUGUUGUGAUGACUGUAAAUUUAAAGACAGUAUUGUACUAGAACUAUGUGGUCCAUUCAGUUUCAUUAGGAGUAGAGACUAAAAUUAUGUACAUUUCUCUCAGUCUUCUUAGAGAGAAAUCUAGCCUCAUUACAAUGAUGUACUCAUUUACUUACAUAAAAGAUGCACAGGAAUGAGAUAUCCUUAAACAAUUUAGAACAGUACUUUUUUAAUUAUUAUAAGGCCUUAGGCAUCAAUGCAUCUGGGUUGUUUAUGAACAUUUUCUCAGAAAUGCUGUCAAUAUUUUACUGUAAUUUAUGUUCUUAUAUUUAUGUAUAUUUGUUAAAAAUGUAAAAAAACCAAGAAAAAAACUUUAAAAUACAUGUUUAUGAUGUAUGUGACUCAAAACUAUUUGUGGUUAGCUAAUUCUUACUGUUUGCAUGUAUAUGACCAGGAUAUGUAACUCUUAUACUUCAAGUGUAUACAUAUUGUGUAUAUAUUAUAUAAAUAAAAAUUAAAAGUAGGGGGGAAGAAGGUUUGCACAUUCUGCCUGUUAGACAGCUCCUGCAACUACUUUACUGUAGGAAAAGCUUUUGAGUAACCAUGCAAACUUGCAAAUAGCAAAAAUUUGUUCAGGAAAAGUCCAUGAUGGGGAUGGAACUGACAGAUAUAUGCCUAUGUUGAAUAAGCUCGAGAAGAGUUUUAUCAUAGGAGACUUUUUCUUUCUAAAACUAAACCUAUGAUUUACUACAGACUUGCAACAUUCAUCGAUGCAUACACAUCCUUCUAAACAAAGUGAGUUUAAAUACAUGACAGGAAUUCUUUGAAUCUUUUUAAAUAUGACUGAAUGUAUUAUGGAGUUUAUAUUUGUCUACAGGUCUGAAAAGAUUUGUGCAAUGUCUAAAAGUAGAAUGUGAAUAAUGCAGUUGAAAAGUUCAUUGCUUGCAGCAAAGCAUUUUACUUAAUACAGGCAGUCCUUGGACUUAUGACAUAAUUGGUUCCUGGAAACUGUGUCUUAAGUCAAAACGUUGUAACUCAGAAUUGUUUUUCCCAUAGAAAACAAUGUUAUGAAUGGGGAUUGGUUCCUGAACCAAGGCCUGAUACCCUAUUUUCUCCAAAAAUAACCCAGAAUUUUGUACUCAAUCAGUUAUAAAUUAAUAAUAUAGCUACAUUAAUACAUUUAUAUUGUAAAUAGCAAUCAUAUUGAUUUGGAAGGACUUCUUUGAAGUGACUUUGCUGGGCUUUUUGAAGGGCUCUUGGUUGGAUUUUUCGAAGGGUUCUUGGCUGGAGUCUCCUCAGGAGUCUUGGCUGCAGGUUUUUCUUAAAGAAAGUGUCCAGGAAAGUUUGGACAGAUGUUCCCCAGGGACACGGGCAACGCAGCAAACUUGUUCGCUGAAGUGAAGUUGUAUCAGAUCAAGCGUUGUAAAGUCAAAACUGAGGUCAGAAAGUUGAAACAGGGUGUCAAUUUAUAAAUGUUGUAACUCGAAACAUGGUAAGUCGAGGACUGCCUGUACAGGAAAAGUAGAGACAGAGAUACUUUUCCUUUUUAAGCCUGCACAUUUUUUAAUUACAGUGGAUCUUUGGUUGAGGUCACAUUUAAAAAAUAAAGGAAAAUAGCUUAUCACAAAGGCCAGUAUUUAUCACUGACCUUUUCAGAACACACUGGUGCUUUCAUCAGGGGUAUUAUUAUUAUUGUUGCUAUGACUGAAUUUGCCAAACACUCAUCUUAAUUUCUAAAGCAAAAUUUCAAACUAACAGUCAUAAUAGCUACUGAAAUCAUUUUUUUAAAUUUUUAGUAUGACUGUUAGUUUUUAUUGUUUGGCUGUUUAAAGCCAAAUUCCACUAUUUAAUUAUGGGCACUGUUGAAAAAUGUACAGUGUAUUGUGUGCUUAUUGUCCACUUCUGUGGAGCAUUGCUUCCAUAUUUUUUCAAAUGCUGUGCUGUAAAAUAUUGUCAUUGCUACUUAUGUGGUACAGUGUAAUUUUUCCUUUUCAUAUAAAUAAAAGCAUGGCACCAAAAAACCUCA